UCGUUAUCCAUCUCCGGGCUGCGUAUUUGACGGUAAACGCGGGCCUCCCGGUGCCUUUUUACCGGAGCUGCCAGAUGAUCGGCGUGGAGUGGAGGGUCCCGCGGGACGCUGAACACGUGGUCUCGGCUGCCACAAGACGUCAGCGGCAGAUGGCAUGGGUACCCGCUGUUGGCAUUAGUGUCAUUCCUCAAAGAGAGAGGGAAGGAAGGGGGAGAGCGGAUCGCAGCGAGGAGGAGGAAGGAUAAGGUUUGAGCUCUGGCUGGUGUAAUAGUGCAAUUUGCAGAAAAAAAGAAGAAGCUGUAGCAGAUAUUCAAAGGCGAUGAUUGGGACCAUUAGAAGUACAUGCUGACCAGAGGAGAUAUGUUGACGCUGCCAUUCGAGGAACUUCAUAUGAUGUGUGAGCCGCGCUUUGGUGCCAACUAUCCCCGCGAAAGCCUGCCCGAGAGCCUGCAGGAGCAGGAGCGACAACAGCGCACCACGGCCAGGUCAGACCCGGACAUGAUGAGGGAGGCCGAGGACGACCUCUCCGACAGGGAGGAGGACGAAAGGGAGGACGAUCAGGACGAGAACGGGCUGCAGAAGAAACGGGGGCCGCGGAAAAAGAGGCCCGGCAAGGAGCAGGUGGACAGGGCCAAACUCCGGCGUCAGGAAGCCAACGCCCGGGAGCGUAGUCGGAUGCACGGCUUGAACGCCGCGCUGGAGAGUCUGCGCAAAGUUGUGCCGUGCUACUCCAAAACUCAGAAACUGUCCAAGAUCGAGACGCUCAGACUGGCGAAAAAUUACAUUUGGGCCCUCUCAGAGACCCUGAGCGCCGGGAAGAGACCGGACCUCCUCGCUUUUGUGCAGACUUUGUGCAAAGGAUUAUCUCAGCCAACCACCAACUUGGUUGCGGGCUGUUUGCAGCUGAACGCCAGGAAUUUUCUCACGGAUCACAACGGAGAGGUGAUGUUUUCUGGCAGGUCUCCUUACGAAGCUAUGUACUCGUACACCGGCUCGGACAUGAACUCGCCCCCGGGCCACAGCGGCGGUAGCCUGGAAGCCAGCUCCAAGCCGUUCCGACACUACAGCUACAGCAGCGCCUACGAGACUUACUUCGAGAACCCGUCCCCGGACAGCGGGAGCCCACACUUUGACGGCCAGCUCAGCCCCCCGAUGAACUUCAAUGGGAUCUUCUCCCUGAAACACGACGACCCGCCAGAUUACGGGAAAAGUGGCCACUAUGGCGUGCGUUACUGUGGCGCGCCAGGGCGCACGGCCCUUGCACCCAACUCCAUGUACCGAGUCUCCCCGGAGGCCCGUUUCCCGUACGAUCUGCACGUCCGCAGCCAGUCCUUCCAAACCCAGGGGGAAGUCAAUGGCUCUUACCACAGUUAAUUCACCAGCCAGGACAAAGUGCAAUCUUAAAAUAAAAUUUUCUCUGCACAAAAAAUAAAAACAAAAACUGAACCCAGAUGCUGAUGCACAUUUUGGUGUUUAACAUCACUUUUUAACCGUAAAAAAGCUGUUUGGAUUGUAUGAUUUUAGGUUAUGCAGGGGAAAUCGUCUUAAAUGUUUCAGAUUCUGAUAUUUAAGGGAAAGAGUUUUAAUAAAUUGGUGCUACCUAUUUGUUUCCAAACAACUCAAAAUUAAAAUGAAAACUUGGGUUAUGAAUACUUAUUUAUAUUUUUUAUUUCAUGUUUUUUAUUUUCUUUUUAUUUAAAGAGUUGCAGUGCAGUAUUUACUUUUUUUUCCCUUAAUGGAAGUAAAGCAAAUAAUGGUGAUCAUACCUAUUUUCUGGAUAUAGCUGAUUAUACCCAACACAAUCCGGUUAUUUAAAAUUAUUUAAAUCAAACUAAAAAGAAGGUGGAAAAAAAUGUUCCACCUCAUCAGGGAACUUAACUCAAACAUGUUUGGAGUUCGGAGUAUCAGUGUGUUGGCAAUAAAAGUUAAAUUGAGCUAUGCAAUCUUGCCAAAUGCAAUCCGUGUUUAUUUGAAAUCAAAUAUGUAUUCUCACAAACACACGUCAUAAUUAAGACCCAAAUUAAGUUAAUUGCAAGACAAGGCACGAAAGUAAGGGUGGAAAAUGUCACAUUUCAAUUCAUUGCUGUAUGUUGAAUACAUUUUGAGGUACCGAACUGAAUGUAAAUUCUUUCAGGAUGUAUUUAUUAUUUAUUUUCCAGUCAGUUUUUUUUAUUGUGAAUAAUGUAUAAUAGAAACAAAAAUAAUGUAAUAUCAUAGUGUGAACUUUUAUGUGAAUUUACACAGUUUGUUUAUGUUUCGUUGUUGUAAAAUUUCAUUGCUGCAGACAGAGGGGAAAAAAAGGCAUUUGUGCGCAGCUGAAAUAAAAUGUAAAUUGCCUUAAAAUGGGGAGAAAAGGAUGAAGACUAUGGCCAUCAGUCACGAAGUGGAAGUUUUGGAUUGCUUGAUGUGAACUUUUGUUUGUUUGUUUGUUUCGCGUGGAGCGACUGUGAUGCACUUCGUGUAUUUCUGCACAACGUGGUUGACCGUGGUCAUAAAUCCUGUUGAUUUUUUAAAUUUAUUUAUUUUGUAAUCGGAUAACGAAUGAUUGUAGGGGGAUGAAUCUGAUUUAUUUCCUGAAACGCACGCACACACACACACACACACACACACACACGCACACACGGACAUGCACUCCACACACUGACACGCACUUCUGGAAACCCGUUAUGGAUCGAAAUAUUCGUGAAGUAAUGUGUUAAUGUUUUUGUGAUGUGUUUUCUCGCAACAAAAUAAAUUAAUUAAAAAUAAAGAAAUACAUAAAAAAAGAA